CUAUAACCUCCAAAUUUUUGACAUGCAAUUAUUCAUUGCCUUAAUGAUAAUUUAUAUAUAAAACGUAAAUUUUUUUUUAAUUAUAAAAGAAUAUGGACAAAAAUAAAGAUAUUAUUGUAUGUGUACCAGGACAAAGGUUAUGUAUUUCUGACAAAGUUAAUAUUGCUGGACCAGGAACUUAUGAACAACAAGGCUAUAUUUACUCGAAAUUAGCUGGUUUAGUAAAAUUAGUAGAAAAAGAAAAUACUCGAACUGUUGAAGUCCAUGGAAUAACAGAACAAAGUAUUGUUCCUGCACCUGGUGAUAUUGUAACAGCUAUGGUUACUAUUGUUAAUCAGAGAUUUUGCAAAUGUAGUAUAAAAUGUAUAGGUGAUAUUGUAUUGACAAGACCUUAUAGAGGUAUUUUAAGGAAAGAAGAUGUACGAGCAAUAGAUAAAGAUAAUAUUCAAAUGUACAAGUGCUUCAGACCUGGAGAUAUUAUUCUUGCUAGAGUUAUGCCAAUGACAGAAGGACAUACUUAUCAAUUAAGUACAGCAGAAAAUGAACUAGGUGUAGUGAUAGCACAUAGUGAAGAAGGUGUAGCUAUGAUACCCAUUAAUUGGACACAAAUGCAAUGUCCUAAAACAUUACGAAAAGAGUUCAGAAAAGUAGCAAAAGUAAUUCCAGAGCAUGUUAUUGCAGAUCAAUAAUUUAAUAUUAAUAUUUUUUUUUAUAUCUAUUCAUUUGAAAAAAAGACAAAAUAAAAUAUCGAUUAUAUUAUAUAUAUGUAUAUAUAUGUAUAUUUUCUAUAUAUGCAUAUAUUU